AUGAAGAGAAGACUACGAGAUGCAGAAAAGACUACGAGAAGAAGACUGCGAGUAGUAGAGAAGAAGACUGCGAGAAGAAAAGAUGAAGACUGCGAGAAGAAGAGAAGAAGACUACAAGAAGAAGAGAUGAAGACUGCGAGAAGAAGAGAAGAAGACUGCGAGAAGAAAAGAAGAACAAGACUGAGAAGAAAAGAAGAAGACUACGAGAAGAAGAAGACUGCGAGAAGAAGAGAAGAAGACUGCGAGAAGAAAAGAAGAACAAGACUGAGAAGAAAAGAAGAAGACUACGAGAAGAAGAAGACUGCGCAAUCGGCGCACAACUGCCCGGAUCCGAACGUGCGCUGGCAGCUGUGCGAGACAGCGGGCGCGCUGGCCGACCGCCUGCUGUCCGACGCGGCCCCGCUGCGCGCGCCGCACACGCGCCACGUGCACGACAAGCUCAGCCAGGACAUCAUCCGCCCCUUCAUGGAGGAGGGGCUGACGGAGCGCGCGGCGGUGCUGGCGGAGAAGUUCCGCGAGUGGCAGCUGCUGGUGGAGCUGUGCGUGCGCGCCGCCGACCUGCCGCGCCUCUACGCAUACGUCGACAAGUAUCCCAGCGAGGGCGUGGCCGAGUUAGCAUUCGCUCAGAUCGUGGACGGCGGCGGGCCUCUAGUCUCCGCUCUGGUGCGCUGCGAGCGGCCCAACGUAGCUUCCAAGCUGACGGCCUGGCUGCAGGCCUCGCCCACCAGAGCUCAUCUAUUAGCGCUGCAGCGGCUGACGGCGCGCGACUACAGCGCUGCCGCGCCGGCGUUAGCGCAGCUGGCUGGCGAGGAGCAGGACUCGGUUAAUAGGAUGACUACCAUGGCAUCCCUAGCCAAGCUGUGUAUCCUGGCAUCCGACGAGCCGGAGAACCAGCCCGCCGAGACGCGGCGUAAAGUGGAGACGUGCCUGGCGCUCAGCGACCAGCACGCCGCACUACCGCGCGACAUCCGCCUGCAUUACGGCCUGGACGCGGAAGACACCAAAGUUAUUCCGCCUGAGGAGAUGAUCCAGAUGUACAUCGACGCAGAGGGCCAGAACCUGACAGAGUACGACUAUAAGAAAGCAUUGGACCUUACCGACUAUGUCCCUGACAUCGAGAGGCGCGACGAUCUGCGCAUGAAGGUGUGGUGCGCGAGCAUCGUGCGCGACGACUGGGCGGCGUGCCGCGUGGAGGCGCCGGCCGACGAGCUGCAGCGCCGCUUGUUCUUCCGCCUCAUCGACCUCGUGCACCUCAUGGGCGGCGAGGUGGAGCUAGUGCUGCCAGGCGCGGAGGAACUAUUAGCGGCGCCGGCGCUGUCCGCGCUGGCGCAGGACGCGCGCUUCGGCUACAUCCUCAAGUACGGCUACGAGUGCCUCGCCGCGCGCGACCCGCCGCCCGCGCAGGCCUAGCACGAACCAGACACUUCCACCGAUGACUCUACCAUAAGCUGAUUUACACCAAAGGAUUUUGAACUUUGACUUAGAGCGCUUUCACAUUUAGGAGAUAAUGCCUUGAUCCCACGUACCGAG